AUGGUUUGGUUAUUAGUGAGUUUUGUGUUAAUAUCUCAAUUAUCAACAACGCUUGCAUCAUAUAAUUGUCGUCAAUGCUCUCAAACGUUCGCUUUAAACAUACAAUUGGGUCAAGUACCGGUCGGAUGUCCAUUAAAAAAUGGCACAAGUACCAUUUGUGUCGCCACGUUGCGACUUGAUUUUGCAGAAAAUAAUGCAGCAGUGACUUUGGAUGGCUUACUCCAAGAAUCAUUGAAUGACUCCAAUGGUACUCGACUGAUUACACAUAGUACGAAGAUGCGAUUUGAUACCUCAGAAUUUGAGCGCACAGUCCAAGUCUACUGCUUCUCGAACGAUUCGUGUUUUAGCGAUAUUAGUUAUAUUCACGACCUAGGUAGAAGACUUCAAGUCGGUAGAUCACGAGCAGAACUUCAACCUGACUUGUAUAAUUCUUCGCAUGCGACUGAUGAUUUGUCCUGUGACAACAAUCAGAAUCAAACGAUACCCUGUCCGAAUGGCUUGUGCCAGUUAAUUUAUGAUGGCGAGUCACAAUACAUUCGAAAUUGUAUUCCUAAUGGAUUUUCUGUUUUACCACCUGGCAUCUUCAUUGCAUCAAGUAUGAUCGACAGCUUUAAAAACGAGUCUUCUUUCAUAUAUAUUUGUAAUCGAAAUCGAUGUAAUAAUAUGAGUAUGGCUAGAAAAGUACGGCAAACUCUCAAAGAUUACGGAUUAUUAGAACCAUUUUAUGAAACACCAAUAUACGUGUUAGAAACGACAACAACGACGGCGACCACCACCACAGCUGAAACAACUACUACAAAAUCAAAAGGCAUAACAAUGGAAAUUCUUCCUGGUAUCACUGCUAGUAUUCAAUUGAUUUUAUUUCUCGUAUUCAAAAACCUAUAA